GUGAUUGGUCUCCUGCGUGUUUCCGGUUUCAAACUUGGAUUCUAACCGUAACGUGAAAACCAACAUCUGAAAUGCUAAAAACGGCUGAAGUUGACGAAACUUCGGUGUGUAGAACUGUUUUCAGCCAUGAAAGGGACAGCCAAAACGAAGGUAAGACCCAGACCUGUCAUAUGUGAACCAGCAACUCCCUCCGGAUACCUAUUUUAGCUUUGAGCACAGUUGUUGUGAGUGUUUUUACGAUGCUGUGAACUGUCAGUGUGUUUACUGACUCCUGAACGUGAUGUUUAAGAAGGUCAUCAGUCUGUAGUAGACUUUCCACUUAGUUCUGAUAUUUCUUUUGGAAGUUAUCUUUAGUUAUGUCUUCAAUUGUCUGGGUGUGAUUGUUUUUUUCAUCGUUCAAAGGACACAUGUCAUUGUUUCCCUGCUUAUUUCUUUAAAAGUUGAUCUCUUAGCUUAAAGUUUUGACUGACUUUGACAGGAUAUGAUUCAUGCGUGCAUACAGUUUACCUGUAUAAAAAGUAAAGAACUGCUCAUGUUUUGCAGGUGGUGACAUCUGGGAGGCUGACAGGAAGAGUCAAGGUACAGUCUGCAAAAAGAAGGUAAAAAAACAGCAUUAAGUCAUCUUUCUAUUGCAUGAAAUUUUGAAGUAACCAGUGUUUUCCUACUCCCUCACAGCCAGCUGUCCUCUAUCUUGUGUUACUUUUAGAGUUCCUCCAAAUCCAGCUCCUCCAGCCCGCCCCGUUCCAGCCUACUCUCUGUACUCUACAGACUCUGAAGACCAGGCAAGGAACUAAGACUAGAUCAUCUCUGAGAGUCUCGUUUCUGUUUAAAACGUGGUCCAGACUUUAAUCAAUACAGCUGCAUUCACUAAAUGAAGAAAUAAGUGUCAGAUAGGGGAAAAAUGUCUGGACUUUAAUAUCACUUAACCUUUCGUGUGCAAAAUAUCUUACAUUGAUAACUCUUUCUUUCCUUUAUCAAUGUGUUUGGAUUUAUGUUUGUGCAUUCAACAACUCCUGAUACAUUGUCUUCAUAAAAGCAGCUGAUCUCUCUCCUCUCAGGUCACUUCUCUCCACAAAGGUCUGGACCGGUGUGCCGAUUUGCUCAACGGCAUCCUGCAGGUGGAUAAAUCAGGUCAGAGGAGCUUCAAACUCGACUUCAGAUGUCAAAAUACAAAACCCAAUUCCAUUGAAGUUGGGAAAUUGUGAUAAACAUAAAUAAAAACAGAAUACAAUGAUUUGCAAAUCCUUUUCAACCUAUAUUCAACUGACAAACUACACUACACUACAAAGACAAGAUAUUUAAUGUUCAAACUCACAAACUUUAUUUUUUUUUGCGAAUAAUAAUUAACUUUAUAAUUUGAUGGCAGCAACACGUGACAUAAUAACAGGAUGAAUGUGAACACCCUUUGGGGGGCUUCAAAGUGUUUUUGUAUUUGUAGAUGUUUCACCGGGUGUUUCCAGGACACUGAAGGCUGCAGCAGCCAAACCAAAACCUUCGACUUCACAGGGGAAGAAGACCAUGAAGAAAGUCCCUCCACAGACAGGUAGGAGUGUGUUUGUAACUUUUAGUUUCAGCAGGGCUUAAGCAGGAUAAGACUUGCAAGAUGGAUGGAGUAGUGAGGUGGAUUGUGGUUCAGAUAUCAGCUGCUACACCUUCUCUUUUAAUCUCACCUGCAGAUCAGAAGACCCAUCACUCUGUCCAGCAAGUAGCCGGCUGCAGAACUCCCAAAACGCCACAUCAGACCGUCACUGCUCCAGCCGCACACUCAGGAGUGAAGCUCCACCCUCCUCGCAGACAUCCUCAGCACAAGACCCCCACCAUCCCUCCAUCUCAAACCAUCACACCUUCCUCUGACCUGCACAGUCAUCCUCCUGCUCCUGGAGCGCCGCCCACUCGCAGUGAGGCGCAGCAGGAAGGAGAUGGAGGCGAGUUUGUUCCAGUGAGAGACGUCGAUCCUCAAACCUCAGACACACACACCUGUAGUUUAACUAUGCAGCAGGACCUGGACCCUGAUCAGGCAGGUGAAGACCUCUUGCUGGACUCACACAGCGAUCAGACCGAAGAGAGACAGAGGAACGCUCAGGACCUGCUGGAAGAACUCAGAGCUCUAAUUGCAGGUCAAGGUAAACACACACAGGCUUUUCAGAGACUCUUCAAAGAAACAGAUUCAGAUGAUGAAAUAACAUUAAACACGUCUCCAUCCUGAAUUCAUUAAAAAGUCUCAAUCAUUGCAUCUCCCUCUGUUUGUGUGUGUGUCAGGCAUUGUAGCAGAGAGGCUGCUCGGUCACCUGGAGCUCACCCUUUGCUCUUCCUCCUCCUCACUGAUAAAAACUGGAGGUUCAGACAUUCAGGCUGAAGCAGAACGUGCGUCAUUGCAGAGCCAAAACACACAGCUGCACAGGUAACACACACACACAAAACUGCAGGUUAAACAGAAAUACACAUUCAUGAGCCGUUUUUCUGUCUGUGUGUUUUGCAGGCGUGUGAGGAAUCUGCAGCAGCAGCUGAAGCAGAUAGAGGAAGCAGAGAGACGUCAAGAUGCUGAGACUUUUUCAGCCUCAGAGGGUGAAAACAGCUCUUCUGUUUUUGAGUAGCUGAGCACCAAAAACACACUCAAAGUUUGAAUUUUUCGUCCUUUUCCAGUUUUGAUUCUGCAGGGCGAGCUCACCGCCGCUCAGUCUCAGCUGCAGGAACUCCAGUUUGACCUCACAGAGCUACGGAAAGCCCUGCAAGACACACAGAGCGGGCUGAGAGAAAGCGAGGCAGAGAGAGCUGUCAUCCAGACAGGUUUGAUUCACUCAUGUCUGAUUUUACAGCUGAGCCCCACAACUGAUUAAAGAACAAACUCCCAAAUUUAUAAAAAGUUAGACAUCAUUUAACAAAUAUUUUAAGUUUCUGUGGUCGUGUUUGUGUUUGUGUAGAUUUGGAAACCACGAGAAGAAGAUUGGAGGAGUGUGAGCGAGAGAAGAGCGAGUUUGCAACACUGGCUCAGAAAAGACAGGAGGAGAUCCACAACCUGAACAGGUGUGUGUGUGUUUGAUCUUUAAGUUUCAGAUGGUUUUAAAAAAUGAGGCAAACGCUGUAAACACUUCCAUGUAAGAGCUGUUGUCCUCGUCUGUUUCAGGAUCUUGCAGAGUCGAAAUCCGUCGGUGUGUCCCGCUGCACAUGCUGACUCUCAGAUAUCACAGCAGCAUUUUCACAGAAAUCCAGCAGAGCCCCCGUUAGACCGGAUCACUCAGUACCUGAAGUCUCUGGGUCAGAUGGAGAAGGCGUGUGUGUCUACAGAGACAGAUGCAGAAUUACCAUCGCAUCCUGCUGUCAGAUCUACAGACCCUUCGGUCUGCUCCUCACUUCAGCAACCCGAGAAUCAUCGCCGUCAGCUCUUCAAUUCCUCGCUGUCUCACUGCGACCGAGUAUCUCUGUGCUCUGAUUGGAGCAGGACAUCUGGCUCCACCUUCAACACCAGAGACGAGGCUGCGUUCAGAGACGGUCUUGCAGCUCUGGACGCGACCAUUGCUAGUCUACAGAAAACGAUGAAGCUUGACCUGAAGAGUUGAUCCGGUUGACUGUACAGCUUUGAGAUGAAACUCUCCUGUUUCAGCUUUAUGUUACUCUGUUAGGGGUUUGGAUUUAUUAUUUAAUAAAUAAAGCUUUUUUUAAUCCUGU